AUCCAACAAAAUUGUAUGGUUGAACUUGCUGUAAUAAGCUGUGUUGACGAGAGAGAGAAUGACCGUCCGGGAGGCGAGAUAAGCCACGCAGGUGACACAAAACCUGCUGAAGGGGAGUUGUUGGAGGAGGAACAGGUGAAGGGAGGUCUCUCAGUCACUAUGCAGACAGCUAACCACAGUUCUGACCCUAAGAGGGCAGACAAGAUCACCAGAUACAAGCCUCCUGCACAGGGCACCCCUGGAGCUCCUGGUGAGGACCCCACUACUGACUACAUGAAUGUGUUGGGCAUGAUCUUCAGUAUGUGUGGCCUCAUGAUGCGGCUCAAGUGGUGUGCCUGGGUGGCCCUCUAUUGUUCCUGCAUUAGUUUUGCCAAUGCACGGGUGAAUGAUGACACCAAACAGAUGCUGAGUAGCUUCAUGUUGUCCAUCUCAGCAGUUGUGAUGUCCUAUCUCCAGAACCCCCAGCCCAUGACACCACCAUGGUCCAAUAUAUGAGGGUUCUUCACACCACAUAGGACUUCGAGGCUCCCUCUCCUUCGGGUACUUUCUACUUCUGUUUCAUAAUGGAAUCCAUGUCUUAUACUCUGUUUCACAUUGUUUAACUUUCUUGUGGUGUUCAAUACUUUUUUUGUACUUUCCAUACAUAAGCAUACAUAACCAAUACAUGAACUAUAUAAGUAAAUAUUAAGUUAAGGAAAGAGAAAAUGUAAGAAACCGUGAAAUAAAAUUGUCAUUUCAGAACUUAA